UGUGCAUGCGUGUGUCGGUGACCGGCGCUCCGAGGGGCUCGCGCACGCUUCGGGCAUGCAUUUGCGAGUGCUGCGCGGAGUGCGCGUGUAGUUCGUGAUAUUAGAGGUGACUUAAACUGUCACACGCGAAACUACACCCUGCUUCAAAAUGUCAAAACGAGCAUGGGUGACGCUGGCCACAAACGACUCCUACGGCCUGGGGGCACUGGUCUUGGCACACUCCCUGCGCCGCGUUAAUUCCACGCACUCCACCGUGGUCCUCAUCACACCAUCAGUUACUGAUGCCAUGAGAGAACGUCUCCGCGCAAUAUUCACGGAGGUGGUGACCGUGGAUGUGUUGGACUCGCGCGACGCGGCGCACCUGGCGCUGCUACAGCGGCCCGAGCUGGGCAUCACCUUCACAAAGAUCCACUGCUGGGGGCUCACGCAGUACGAGAAGUGCGUCUUCCUGGACGCUGAUACCCUGGUGGUACAGAACUGCGAUGAGCUGUUCGAGCGGGAAGAGCUCUCUGCGGCCCCUGACGUCGGCUGGCCCGACUGCUUCAACUCUGGCGUGUUUGUCUACAGCCCUUCCACGGCGACCUUCGACGCGCUUAUCAAGUUCGCGCAGGAGCGCGGCAGUUUUGACGGUGGCGACCAAGGGUUGCUGAACUCGUUCUUCUCUGACUGGGCGCGCGGCGACAUCAACAAGCAUCUGCCUUUCCUCUACAACGUCACCUCAGCUGCUUUCUACUCCUACCUGCCGGCACUCAAACACUACGGGCAAGACCUGAAGAUCAUCCACUUCAUCGGCGCGGCGAAGCCGUGGCUGCAGCCGUACAACUUCGAGACGCGCUCCGUGUCCGCGCCCGGCCACCUGCGGGGCCUGCUGCAGGCGUGGUGGGACCUCUUCGUGGGCCAGGUGCACCACCAGCUCGACACUACCAUGGUUGAGGACGUUGAGGUAGAGGCCCCCCCGAUGCCCCCUCCGGACGCCCAACAUUACGAGCCCAGCUUGGACCCGCGAUCUGAAUUCCGGUGGCACCACCCGGACGCACAACUCCAAGACGAAGCGGUAGCAGACAAACCUGACCUCACAGACUUCUACGAUCCCUGGCAGAAUUACAAAGGAAACAUCCCGCCCCAUCCGAACCCGGAAGUGUCGGGUGAUCACAGAGCAGUGAGAGACUACGCGUGGGAAUAUAAAGCACCGGCACACACCGACGCGUGGCAGCCGCCCGCCGGCUACCAGCACCACACCCCCUGGCACAACCAACCCCACCACCACACGCACAGCCACCACCAUACAGAUCACUCCCGGGACCACUCUCACACUCACAUCCAUCACACCGACGAACGCCACGGCUGGUACCAUCAACAUGAGGCAGGUCAAUCUUUCACGAAUCACGAAACCCCGCCCCGUCAUCAUAGUGAAAACCACCACAGUGACGGGCAAACUCACGCACAGUAUCCUCAUGAUCAUCACUACGAUCACACGAGCCAUCAUCACCAUGAUCAUAGCCAUUCUGACCAGCCAUACGAAUCAUCUAACUCCCAGUGGAGUAAGGGUUAUGAUCACACGCAAGUAGACACUUCACGGGUUCACAUAGUACAUCACGUUCACAUAGAGUAUGAUAACGAAAGAGGAAACGGGGAAGCCGGUGUGCCGGUGGCGAUAAAAGACAUGAACGGCGAUGCCUCCGAGACCGAAAGUUGUGAUCAUGAGGAUAUAAAACCGAGGCACCCGUACGACAAUUACUAUCUUAAACAUAUAUCCACUAUAGAUUCGUACGGACGAAAGAUCUGUUCCCACGAAAUACCCCCCACCCCGUCGCCGUCUCCAUCGCCAGAGUAUAUGACCCCCGAAGAUUCAGAAGCGGAGGACGAAGCACUCGAAAACCACGCAACUCAAAGCGGAGUGGCGGGGAACCUGGCGCGGGUGGUGCCGGGCGCGGCCGCGCGCGAGGCGCUGGACGAGCUCACGCGCCGCCAGGGCUGGGAGGCCGGCAACAUCGACUACAUGGGCGCAGACUCCUUCGACAACAUCUGGGCCAAGAUCUCGCAGACCCUCAACCAGCCGAGGACGUCCCCGCCCAAGGACCAGCCGAAGCAACCCUCGCCGCCGAAACAGCCCUCGCCUCCCAAAGAGGCGCCGAAGCAGCCCUCGCCUCCCAAGGAGGCCCCGAAACAGCCCUCGCCUCCCAAAGAGGAGCCGAAACAGCCCUCGCCUCCGAAAGAGCCCGCGCCUAAACAACCGUCUCCGCCUAAAGAGGCCCCCGUGGAAGCCCCGGCGGAAGCGAAGCCCACCGAAACACCGGCGGAGGCCAAGCCCGCCGAAGUCCCGGCAGCGGAGCCGGUCGCCGAGGCGGCAGGUAAACCAACUCCCAUAUCUCCCGCGGCAGAGGCCCCCGCGCCCGCCCCCGCGGCUGAAGCGCCCAUAGUUCCCGCAGCGGCGGCCCCCGUUGAAGCGGCGCCGGCGCCGGCCGCCGAGCCUCCCAAAGAGGAGAUCAAAGAGAAGACUGACAAACCCGAAGUUCCGCUUACACCGCCGGCGACGCCAAAGUCUACCCCGGAGCCGUCCACCCCGGUCGCCGAAGCGCCCGCCGUCGCGGAGGCGUUGCUCGCUGCGGCCCCGGCCACCCCUGCGGCCCCUGCAGGCCCCGCGGCCCCCGCGUCGCCGGCCCCGGCGGCGGAGGCCCCCGCAUCGCCGGCCCCGGCGACCCCGGAGAAGACCCUGGACGCGACCUCCGCGUUCAGCGACAGCCCGCCGCUCGCCAACACGCCGUCGAAGGACGACGCGCCCGCAGACCCCGCCGCUAAAUCGGAGGAGCGCGAGCGCAGAAAGAAGGUGGAAAAGCUGCAGUUGAGUCCGCCGGCCGCCGCCGACCCGCUCGCCACGCCCGACUCCGAGCUCGAGGACGCCGCGGCGCUCGCGCAGUCUAUCAUCGCCGCGGAACUCACUCCCACAGACCCUCCCGCACCCACCCCCGCCUCGCCGGUGUCGCUCGCGCAGAUCGGCGUCAAGCCUAAGGGGAAGUCCACUGCUGCACAAAUAGAAUCUUCCGUGACGCCCUCUACCCCGACCACGGCGGAGGCACCUAAGGAUGCCCCCAAAAAGAAGGUCGUAAAGAAAGUCGUCAAGAAGGAGGGCGAUGCCCCGGUGCCGCCGCCGCGCAAGAAGGAAAAGAAACCCAAAGAAAAGUGAGCGCUCGCCACUCGACAGUUCCUCUGUGCCAUAUUUGUAACCUCUCUUUUCUACUUUAAUUGUUACUCUAAGUUUAUUUAAUUUUCGAAUAUGAUUUCAUGUGCCACGUAACCCCCUAUACCAUGUUAGAUAUUAUUGUGUUAACUACUUUCAUCACACAAUCAUAUUUUGUACUUUCUAGUCUAUAUAGCCCAGUCGAGUAUUGGUAAACGCGAAAAUUUGAUAUUUAUUUUGCCUUAUAUUAAUGAUUUACGUGAUGUUUAAAAACCUAAUGUUAUUAAUCAUAUUUGGUUAUUCUUUGGAAUAAAUUGUUAAACCAAAGGAGUUUUAUAUGAGACGUAUUUAUUGAAACGAAAUUAUUGUAAUUUUGUAUGAAAUUAAAGUAUAUUUUGUAUUAAA